UUUGGAGAUCUUUGGAGGGCUUUUCAUCAGCUGUUCAUCCUGCCAGUCGUGAGAAAACUGUUUCAAUUAUUUUCUUGCUAAAGCUGUUAGACAUUGAUGCGCAAUGUACAGUAAGACAAAGAUAUGACUGCGUUAGAGCAUUAGAAAGAUUUGCAAGAAAUGUCCAGUUCACUGGAGAGGGUGGUAGCCCAGAAGAAAGAGGCUAUCGAGGCACUAAUGGAGAUGUUUGAAAGGGGAGCUGAGGUUCUGGCCAGUGCUGUCGGAGAGCUGUGUCCUCUUUUUGAAGUUGCUGCCCCAGUUUUGAGGUUGGUCCUGGACAACGUGGAAAGCAAGGAGGUCAUUUAUGUGAAAGAUCAGUUUCUAGCUGUAAGGAGCAAACUGGAUGUCAUCUCAUCGCAGUUAACAGACAUCGAUUGUGAAAUUAGGAGGAGACGUUUGGAUUCCCAAUACUUCUCCGUGGAGGAAAAUCUGCGGAACCAAUUCAGAAAAUACAUAGACAUUUUGGAAGCCAAACCCGAGUACAAAGAAGUCAAAAAACGCUUGUUUUUGGAGCACUUCUUAAUAACAGGAGGAGAGAAAAACCUCUGUGUGCUUCAUGAUGCUUUGAUGGGAAACGGCACAUUUGGGGAGCCGAUUCUGGAUGUUGUGGAAGAAUACGAGGCUAGAAACAGAAGGGUGCUGGAAGACUUCUGUGUUAGGCUAAAGGAGCUUCUCUGCCUGGGAAUAAUCGCUUUACUUGGAUAUUACUUUCUUACUCAGGGUGAAGAGGUGGAGCAAGAGAAGAUUCGAGAGUGGAGCAGGAAGAUCCAAGAAAUUGAGAUGAAGAUGAAGGAGACCAUCGAGAGAUGUGUGAAUUUAUUUCCAGAGCAAGCUGAACUGGACAUCAAGAGACUUGUGAAGGAGAGAGAGGAUGCAAACCUCCAGGAUUUGGCUAAAGAGCUUCUGGAUUUCCUGGUGAAGAAGUACGACUGGGUGAGCUGGUCCAUCAGAGUCAUUACUAAAGAGAGUAAAUUUAGCAACCUGAGAGCCGGACAAAACUUUCAGUGUGUGGCCGGACAGAAAUAUUUUGAAGUUUCUCAAGGAAGCGACACCAACCUGGUGGUCUCCUACUGCAGCGACCCCCAGCCUGUGCCCGAUGAGAGCAUUAAACAGAUGAUGGAAGGUCCUGCAAAGAAAGGAGAUCCCAAAACUGCAGUGGAGCUUCUGGAGAAGCAGUUAUCUGGGUUUUUGGUUCAUGCUAUCAGUCGUCACAAAGAGAGCUUUGCUGUGUCGAGUUUUCCUGAAGAAUGUCACUACUGGGAAAAACAUAAGAAUGUAAAUCUGUGUGUGCAUUCAGAAUAAACGCAUACAUAUAAUUAUUAUUCAAUUAUGUUAAAUGCAAAUGCAACUACUCUUAAUCUAGUUGUGAUU